AUGUACUUCGACGAUUCUCACUCCCACAACCUCCACCACUACGACGAACACUCCGCCGACAAUUCCAUCUCGCCGCCGACGACAUGCUCCCAGGGCCACCGCUCCUCCCUCGUCCUCCAAACCAACCAAGGCGGCUCCAUCUGCCUCCAAUCUCCCACCGUCCACGUGUCCUACGCUCUCUCCCAGCUCUCCCAGGCCCUCUCCGACCCUCCCUUCCUCCGCUCCCUCCUCACCUUCCACUCCCGCCUCCUCGUCUCCCCCCUCGUCCAAACCCUAGCCUCCUUCGACGACGACCCCAUCGCACGACAAGUCGUCGAUCUCGUCUCUGCGCUUUGCGAUUCCGCCGAUCCCUCGCUUGCCGGUGACUUCGUCGCUCGCCUCUCCGACCGGCUCUCCUCCGGCGCCUUGGCUUGGAGUCGCCGUCAGGUUUACACGCUUCACUGCUUAGGAGUUCUCCUGAACUGUCAGCAGAGUAAUCCUUUCGCUCACAUUAGAGACAAAAAUGGCCUCAUUAAUAAUCUUGUUGAAGGUCUUCAACUACCAAGUGAAGAGAUUCGGGGAGAAAUACUGUUUGUUCUGUACAAAGUAUCUGCUCUCCACUAUGCAUCAGAGGAUGCUGAUAGAUAUGAUCUUUUUCUUUUCUUUUGCCCCAAGCUAGUGCGUCUGUCUCUGGAGGCCCUCAUAAAGACUCAAAGUGAUAAUGUCCGCUUGAAUUGUAUAGGUUUGUUUUUGACCUCUUUUAUACUUUCAAAAAACAGCAUGAGUUCAUCUGAAGGAGAUAGCUAUGGAGAAGCUACAGAAGAUGGAAAGGAUAUGCCCAUAUUAUUCACCGAGGCCAUCAAAGGCCCACUUCUUUCAACAGAUACCCAAGUCCAGAUCAGCACAUUAGAUUUGCUCUUUCACUAUAUGUCCUGUGAAGGCACUACGUGCAGAGAAAUCCAAGUACUGGUUGAAGAAAGCAUUGCAGAUUAUGUGUUUGAAAUACUGAGGUUGUCAGAAUGCAAGGAUCCGGCGGUCAAAUCUUGCCUUCAGGUACUUGCCUUCAGGUACUUGAUAUUUUAUCAAAAACAGAGGCUUGUUGUUGGGUUUGCAACUCUGGUUCCAGUACUACUAGCUGAAGUUCCUCUGCAUCCGGUUCAGAAUCAAACACUGAAGCUCAUUUUGAAUUGCGUUUCUAAUUGCCCUGGAAUGCUAUCCUCCUAUCAUGUAGAGGAACUAGUUCCUGUUUUAACAAAGAUGCUUAAACAACAUACCGAUGGGGAUAUGGGCAUGCCUCAGGAGACAUUUACAAUGACCUGUUCAGUCCUUGUAGCUAUCAUAAGAACUCCAUCUUUUCAUGUGAGUGUGAAUCUAGUAACAUCAAUUAAAGAAGCAUUGGAGUAUGCUGUCGUAGCUUGUCUGAGUAUAUCCAACAAACAUCCCGGUCAACUUCUGCAUUCACUGUUCCUACUUAAAGAGGCGUACUUGUGUAGUUGUGAAGACAACUCUACUCACUCUAAAAUAGAAUUACAAAAUUUCAGUUUGAGUUUGUGUACAAAACAUUUGUUGCCUUGGCUCAUAACCACCUUCAAUGAAAUGGAAGAGGAAACUGUCCUUGGAGUACUGGAAAUUUUUCAUUUAAUACUACUUCAGGAUGCUGAUAACCAAGCCAGAGAAUUUGCAGUGACACUAAUUUCAAGCACUUGGUUCACUUUGUCAUUUGGAUUUUUAGGCUUAUUCCCUACAGAGAAGAUGAAGUGGAGGGUGUAUCUGAUGCUCAGUUCACUGGUGGAUGUGCUUUUGGGAACUGAUACUGGGCAACCCAUUAGGGAUGCUACUUCAUAUCUGCCAUCUAAUCCCAUUGAUUUGUCUUUUCUACUUGGUCAAAGGAACUCGCGUGAUUCUGAAUUAUCUUCUCGUCAAUCUGCCAUUUUGUUGCUCCUAUACAUCAGUUCUUUACAUGAUGAAAGACUUGCAGAUGAUAAGUUGGUUUUAGCUUCUCUGGAGCAAUAUAUUUUGGUCAACAAUAGUCAUCUCCAAAGUGGAGCCACUAAUUCGUUCACGGUGAUGAUGCUGUUGUAUCUCUAUGGCCUUUAUAGGGGUCUUGCUAAGGUUAGCCACCAAAUCUUCUAUAGUCCAAAAGCUGAAAGAAUCCUGUUCGUCGGAGUUUUGUUUCAAAUAGUAAAUCAAAAUGAGUGGGAUUUGUCUUCUGCGAGAAUUCAUCCAAUAUCAUUGAAAUGGUUCUUUCCACAAGAGAGACUGAUAAUCUCCUUGUCUUAUCAGCUUCUGAAAUUUUGCAGAAGGAAUACAUCAAAUGGUGCUGACAUCACUUCCCACGGAAAGAUUAGUCAUGUAUUUAAUGUUAAUGCAAUUGCAGAGUUAACAGUAGAAGAACAUAUAACAGAAGGUCAAGAGCAAGAGAUAGUUUCUGUAGUCAAUCUCAUCACUAUUGUCAACAUAUAUCCAACAGUUUCAGACCAGUUAUGCCGUCUUGGUAUUGGAAAUGCAGCUCGGAUUCUUUAUUGUGACCCCUGCUAUACACAGUCCCCACAGAUAUACACAGCAUUCUUAGUUCUUAUUUUUAAAAUUCUAUGCUCAGUGCAACAUGAUACUCUUUCUGAUGAUGAAAGUUGGCAAGCAGUGAUUGUGAAGUGGAUAAACGGUAUCACCACAAAAGCUGCAGACAUGUGGAAUCACGUUCUCUUAGUAAUUGGCAUACUGUGCUUGAUUUUGCGCCAUUCUGCUAAUGCAGUGCUUUCGGAAGCUUCAAAAAGUAUCAUUUUCAGUAUUUCUAUAAUUUCUAUAAUCAAUAGUGUAGUUCAUGCAGCAUGUCUUAAGGGGCCAGCAUUGGUUGACCAUGAUGAAGGAACAAGCAUGGGAGAGAUUUUGAUAUUUCUGCUUCUUCUUAAUUACUUCACUAUAAGAAGUUUGCACAUUGUUCUACCAGAUAUUGUGGACUGGAAAGUUUUCUUAGAUCCCUCAGUUAGGAUGCAGUCAUUUUCCUUUAUUGGCAUAUACUGCCAUGACCUAUGCAGACUAAUGCAUUUUGGAUCUCCUGUGGUGCAUUUUGGAUCUCCUGUGGUCAAACUUGCUGCUUCAUACUGCCUGUUGGAGUUGUUUACCAGAAUAUCUGAGCAGAGGAAUAGAACAGGGGAGGAGUUGUUAUGUGACAAAAAGUACCUCAGUUCUGUGAUGGCGUGCACAGAGAACAAUGAGUCAUUUGGCAGUGUGGUAAACAAGAGAAAUGAUGAAUUUAUAUGCAUAAUGCAGGUGUGCAGAACAAAGUAUACUGACAGCACUAAGGACGAUGGUGCGCAAGAGCAUAGAGAGGUGAUAAUUGACCUGGAUGAUUUGGGAGAAGUCUGUGAGUAUCUCAUCCAUUUGAUGUCAUCAGAGUCGUCUCUAGAAAAGAAUUCUGGAGGAUCACAUGUCGAAAAUAAGAGAUUGUUAGAAGAAUUAGAGCUUUUCUUUAGAACUUUAACAGUACAGGAUGGAAACUAAGAUCAUUGUGUUAGUUCAGCUUCAUUUUAGUU